UUUAGAAUUUCAUGUUCAUGACGUUUUUAAUUUUUUAAAGUUAUUUUUUGUACGAAUGGAACAGAGAAGUGAAAAGCUGAUUGUGUAUUGUUGAAAAGUAACAGUAAUUUUACGUAGUUUUAACCAAUGACUCUUAAAUGAUUAUACAUAUAACUUUGUGAAUAAUGUGCGUGACAAUUUUUAUGGAUGAGUGACACGGAAAACGAUAGAGAAGCCACCGAGCGCACUGCACUGAUGGACGGCCACAUCGCAGAAGCCCGAUCCGAUAGGGAAAUAGCUGAGAGAAUUGCUAGGAAGAGGAAAACUAAAGCAGACCCUCAGCGAAAUUAUGGGACAGUGGUUCAAACCGAAGAAAAUAUGUCGAGUGCAGUAGGCGGCUCCGGCCCUAACGCUUCUGGCCCUUCUCAGGCUCUUCAAGUUGGUGAAGAAUUAGAACUCAAAUAUGGGGCACGACAUGUUAUCAAACUUUUUGUGCCUGUGACUUUGUGUAUGAUUGUUGUUGUUGCUACUAUAUCUUCUAUAAGAUUUUACUCAGUGAAGGAUGUUUAUUUGGCCUAUACACCAUUUCAUGAAGAAAGUCCAUAUGCAGUCACAAAAGUUUGGAAUGCUCUUGCCAACUCCAUGAUCCUCUUGUGUGUGAUAGCCAUGAUGACAGUUUUGCUCAUAGUCCUUUACAAAAAGAGAUGCUACAGAGUUAUCCAUGGCUGGCUUAUAUUAUCAUCACUAAUGCUGCUGUUUCUUUUUUCUUAUCUAUAUAUUGAGGAAGCCCUUCGAGCAUAUAACAUACCCAUGGAUUAUAUCACACUAUCAUUUGUACUGUGGAAUUUUGGUGUGGUUGGAAUGAUGGUUAUUCACUGGAAGGGGCCAUUGAGGUUGCAGCAGGCGUACUUAAUAUUCAUAGCUGCAUUGAUGGCAUUGGUUUUCAUUAAAUAUCUACCUGAAUGGACAACCUGGGCUGUGCUUGCAGUUAUUUCUAUUUGGGAUCUUGUUGCUGUAUUGACUCCUAAAGGACCACUUAGGAUAUUAGUGGAGACUGCACAGGAAAGAAAUGAACCAAUAUUUCCAGCUCUUAUUUAUUCCUCGACGGUGAUGUACUGCCUGGUGGCGGCUGGCGCGGCGGAGGGCGGGGCGGCGAGCGGCGCGCGGGAGGAGCGCGCGGCCGGAGGUGAGCCGCGGGAGCGGGAGCUGCGCCCUCUCAACCCGCAUGCAGAUCGUUCGCGUCGUCUGGUGCGUUGUGCGAGCGAGGGCGCAGUGGUGGGGCUGAGCUCGCGCGAGGCCGACGGGGACGGCGAGGGCGGGUUCGACUCCGCGUGGCGCGCGCGAGCUGCGGCCGGCCGCCAGCUGCGCGUCGACAGCACGCCGCCCACAUACACCACGCGCCUCGACCGCCCGCCGCACCACCACGAGCUGGACGAUGAGAAGGGCGUAAAACUCGGUUUGGGCGACUUCAUAUUUUACAGCGUGUUAGUUGGAAAGGCGAGCUCGUACGGUGACUGGAACACUACGUUGGCCUGUUUCGUGGCUAUACUUAUUGGUCUAUGCCUCACUCUGCUCCUGCUAGCGAUAUUCAAGAAGGCCCUGCCCGCGUUGCCCAUAUCUAUAACUUUCGGACUGAUAUUCUACUUCGCGACACGAGGCGUCGUCAAACCCUUCGCAGACGCACUCGCGGCCGAACAAAUAUUUAUUUAGCUACCGCCCUUACAAUAAAUUUAAUUUGAAUACUGAAAAGACUAAUUCAUUUGUGGUAGGUAUUUAAGUAACUUAUUUAUAAUUGUAUCGCCCUCAAAUUGGAAAUCAUCCAACCGAUGUAAUUUAUGUUUUGUUUUAUACAAUUCGUCUUAGUAUUAAAAUAAAUAUUAAAAAACUAGCUGUUGCCCGCAGAUUCGCUUGCGUGGAAAAGAUAAAUUUUCACGGUAUAAGUUUUCGUCCCCUAUUUCACCCCUUUAGGGGAUGAAUACGUUAUGACAUCUACCUGCAUGCCAAAUUUCAGCCCGAUACGUCCAGUGGUUUUGGCUGUGCGUUGAUAGAUCACUAUAUCAUUCACCUUUGAGUUUUAUAUAAUAUACAUAUAUAGAUUAAUGGUAUGAGUUUGAUGAGAUUUCAAUAUGUUUUAAGGUUAGAUGGUUUCAAUUGAGGGUUGGAAAGUAUGUUUAGACUAUAAAUUCAAAUAUAAUUUCUAGCAAGAUGUAUAAAUAAUCUUGACUGUAUGAAAAAUAAUUGUAUACAUUGUAACUUGUAUAACUGUAGAUAUUACAUAGAAUAGUAAAUUGCAAUAAUGUUGGAUAGAUAUCAUUGAACGAUUGCUAGAAUGUACAUAUUAUGAAAUUGUGCAAAUAGUCCACUUUGUAUAUCUUUGAAGUAAAGUUUAAGAAUGGAAAUGCUUUAUCUUUGUGAAAAUGAAAUGGAAGAUUUGGUGGUUUUGUAAGUAUUGUGGAUCAAGUGAACUAUAAAAUAAAAGUACAUUCAACAUAGGUACUUAUUAUAAUUUAUAUGAUGUGUACGAGUUAUAUAGGUAUGGCAGAUAGUUAAAAAUGUUAGGUCACAUCACAGGGUCACAUUGCAUCCUAACCUAAAUGGCAAUAAGUAAUAAAAUACAGAAGUUUGCACUCCUUUGCUUUCUAUCCUCCUCGUCUUAAUUUGAUUAUAUAGACCUUAUACCUUAUUAAAAUUGUUAUAUAACAUGUGAAGUUAAGAAAUCAAUAUUUGAUGAAAUCCUGUCAUACACUAUACUUUUCGUAUAUUUCGUGUCGUCGUCGUUCAUUGCAAAGUUCACUUGUCCCAUAAUAUAUGUUCUAUAGUAAGAUAACAAAAUUUAUUUAAAACUUAGCUAGAAAAAUAUACUUUGAAACAAUUGUAUAAAAUGUUACGAAUUAUGUAGUCCGAACUUAAUAUUAACCUCAUUGUUAAUUAUAUCAGUUUUUUUAUAUGUUAAUUAUAAAUUUUUUUCACAUUCCAAUGAUUUAUAAGAUGCUAAUUAUAAUGUAACAUAAUUUUAAUUUUUAACAGAACAUCUAUCGAUAAAUACUGUGUUGCCGAAAUAAAUAAAGUGAAAUUUAAAA